CCUUACUCUCACUAAGAUUUCACUUUAUCUAAGGCAGACAGGGGAAACUUCCCUAAAUGGACACCUGCCAUUUAUUAUAGGGUGACACGGUUUUCAUUUAUUCUGGAAGAGCGCGAGGUACCUGCACUACGGAAAUGCCACCCUGUGGGUCUCCUGAUUUGAGGGACCAGUACCGCCUUAACAAAGCAAUAGAAAAACAACUUAAACGUGACAAGCAAGAAUCUAAUAUGGUCAUAAAGGUCCUCUUUUUAGGGACGGCAGAAAGCGGGAAGAGCACUUUUAUCAAACAGAUAAGGAUCCUCCAUGGCAGCGGCUACACCGAAACUCAAAGAAGACCCUUUGCUCGCUUGGUGAACCAGAACAUCGUCAACUCCAUCCAAAACCUCAUCGAGGCCAUGGGUAUUCUCCGCAUAAACUACGCCCACAACAGCAACAUUCAACUUGCAGAAAGGAUGAGCGAAGUCCAGUUUGAAAAAGUCGAAAUGUUGGAGGCGUGGCAGGUGGAUGCCAUCAGGAAGAUUUGGAACGAUCAGGGCAUUCAAAAUUGUUUUAGUCGCAGAAGGGAAUUCCAGCUGUCUGACUCUGCCAAAUAUUACCUUUCCGACUUGGACAGAAUCUCAGCCCCCAAUUACAUCCCAACUGAGCAGGACGUUUUGAGGGUCCGUAUCCCAACCACGGGCAUCAUCGAGUACCCUUUUAAGAUCAAAGGAGUUACCUUCAGAAUGGUGGACGUGGGCGGUCAGCGUUCAGAAAGGAAGAAGUGGAUCCACUGUUUUGAUAGUGUCUUAAGCAUUAUCUUCCUGGCCGCGCUCAAUGAUUACGAUCAGGUCCUUCUUGAUGAUCCGAAACAUAACCGAAUGGAGGAGAGUCUGGCUUUGUUCGAGACGUUAAUCACAUCCCAAUGGUUUACCCAAACCUCCUUCAUCCUCUUUCUGAACAAAACUGACUUGCUGGAGGAGAAAGUCUUAGAGUCGAAUGUGGCGGACUACUUCCCAAGAUACAAAGGGCCUCCACGCAACGCCACAAAAGCAAAAGAGUUUAUCCUGGAGCUCUACGCGAUGUUACACAAGGGCCACCAAAAACGUCUCUUCAAGCACUUCACCUGCGCCACGGACACACAUAACGCCAAAGUGGUCUUCAACAGCGUCAAAGAUAUGCUCUUAAUUGAUAUAUUGAACUAGUCGUCGCACCAACACUCGGAGUGGACAUUGAGUGCUGUGUUGAGGCUCACGACAACCAUGAGAUGCAGCCCGGCAGUCCCAGGAAAACCUAAAUGUACUCCCAAAUUGCAUUGCUUUGUUUAUUAUUACCAGUAAACAAACGUGAUCGUAUUUGGAAAUAAGCGGGUGCUUAUGAAGCCAAAACACUGCCAUGAAGAUUUGGCAUUGAGAAAAAAAAUGACAUUGUGGAAAAAGUUGUAUUGGCACCAAAACAAGUUUUGGCAUUCCUCUUUUCAGCAUCUAUCGAUGUUUUUAAUCACUUUGAAGGGUUAGUUGAAAUGUUCCAAAAUGAUUCACGUUGUUGUAGUUAGCAUACACACUUCUGCUGUUUAAAUGAAUAAUCAACAUUCUAUUGUCAAUGUUAAUUUUUCCCUUCUAUUGUUUGUAUAAUAAAAACCAUUAUUCCUGGUAGAAAGAAAAAAUAUAUAUAUCUGGAUCUAUAUUCUUAUUCAAUUGAAAUUCAGGACUACUAUGAUCUAUGCUGUUCAAGGUUUUCAGUUCCAUACAUUUUUUCUGUUUCUGUAUUAAUGUAAAGAUUAAUGUGCACCUGCUCAAGGUUUUCAGUUUCAUACAUUUUUUUCUGUUUCUGUAUUAAUGUAAAGAUGAAUGUGCACCUGAGAAAAGAUAUUCUUGUUUGGUAAUCCCUUGGAGCGUUUUAAUUUUGUAGUUUGAUGUUUAUGUUUGUUUUCUCUCAGACUGCAUUAUCGUUGUUAUUGUUGUAGUUUUUAGGAGUUCUAAUAUUUGUCCAGAUUCUUGAUGUCUUUGUUAACUAGGACUCUUGCUUCUGGACCCCCGUUCAAAUGAAUGCAGAUUUUGCAGUUGGCACUCAUUGUUCCCUGAAUCCCCCCCAAGCUUUCUUGGCAUUUAGUGAGGUGCUGGUUCAUGUACACAUUGGUACCCUUCAACUUUUUACCCUGUCUCAGCAAUCAAUCAAUCAACCAAUCAAUGUUUAUUUACAUAGCCCUAAAUCACAAGUGUUUCAAAGGGCUGCACAAGGCACAACGACAUCCUCGGUUCAGAUCCCAUAUUAGGACAAGGAAAAAUUCAACCCAAUCGGACAAUGGGAAACCUUGGAAAGGACCGCAGAUGUGGGACCCAAUGGACGUUGAGUGGAUCCAGCAUAAUAUUGUGUGAGUCCAGUUCAUACUGGGGCCAGCAGGAGACCAUCCCGAGCGGAGACGGGUCAGGAGCGCAGAGAUGUCCCCAACCGAUGCACAGGUGAUCGGUCCACCCCGGGUCCCAACUUUGGACAGCCAGCACUUUAUCUGUCGCCACAGAGCCUGUGCCUCAACCCUUCCACAAAGGAGAAGGGGGCAGAGCAGAAAAGAAACAGCAGAUCAACUGGUCUAAAAGGGGGGGUAUAUUUAAAUGUUUAAAGAGCCAUAUUGGACCAAAAAUACAAAAACAAAUCUGUCUGAAGCCGUAAAAAAUUAAAAGCCAUAUUACAUACAGAUAGUGUGUCAUGAGAUAGCAAUUGAAUUAAGAGGACUUAAAGGAAACUAAAGGAGCUCAAAUAUAGCUACAAAUGAGGCAUAAUGAUGCAAUAUGUACUACAGCUAGCCUGGAUAGCAUGUUAGCAUCGAUUAGCUUGCAGUCAUGCAGUGGCCAAAUAUGUCUGAUUAGCACUCCACACAAGACAGUAACAUCAACAAAACUCACCUUUGUGCAUUACCGCACAACAUUAAAAGUUUGGUGGACAAAAUAAGACAGAAAAGGAAGUGGCAUAAACGCGUCUUAGAAAGUCGGAGAACGUUAUACAUGUAAACAAACUACGGUGAGUUCACGGACGGCCUAAAUUAGUAGGACAAAACGCCGCUCGCCAAAUACUCGAAUCAGUGAAGCAUGUGGUUUGGAUGUACUAGGCCACCAUUUUCCCGCAGACAACAAGACAGUAGAUGGAUCCGCUUUGGACUGGACUCUCGCGCCAGUGUUGAAUCCAUUAUGGAUUGAACUUUCACAGUAUCAUGUUAGACCCGCAGGCUUCACGGUGGCAGAGGGGUUGGCCCUCAAUACGAAGGUCCUGCAGUCCUGGGUUCAAAUCCAGGCUCGGGAUCUUUCUGUGUGGAGUUUGCAUGUUCUCCCCGUGAAUGCGUGGGUUCCCUCCGGGUACUCCGGCUUCCUCCCACCUCCAAAGACAUGCACCUGGGGAUAAGUUGAUUGGCAACACUAAAAUUGGCCCUAGUGUGUGAAUGUGAGUGUGAAUGUUGUCUGUCUAUCUGUGUUGGCCCUGCGAUGAGCUGGCGACUUGUCCAGGGUGUACCCCGCCUUCCGCCCGAUUGUAGCUGAGAUAGGCGCCAGCGCCCCCCGCGACCCCGAAAGGGAAUAAGCGGUAGAAAAUGGAUGGAUGGAUGUUAGACCCGCUCGAAAUCCAUUGCUUUCGUCCUCUCCAAGGUUUUCAUAGUCAUCAUUGUCACCGACGUCCCACUGGGUGGGAGUUUUCCUUGCCCUUAUGUGGGCCUACCGAGGAUGUCGUAGUGGUUUGUGUUGUGGUUUGUGCAGCCCUUUGAGACACAAGUGAUUUAGGGCUUUAUAAGUAAACGAUUGAUUGAUAGAUUGGUUUUUUUCACCACUUUGAUACAACCUGCAUGAUGACAAAGGAGACGGUUGUCUGUGUAAUGUCUGUAGGUUGUCACGCAUGUUGUCACCUGGCCUGAUCCGGGCCAACGCUAAUUAUGUUGACAAUUAAAUCAAGACACCUCUUAAGGUGUGGCAACGCUCAGUGGGAACUCCUUUGCACCAAACUGCCAUGCUUCAGACCGGUUGGACAUCCUGUUUGGAGGUCCUGACAUAGUUCUAGUAAGUCAAAUAAAGUGUACUGGAAUGACUGUAA